AUGGCGGCUUCAAAGACAAAAUCCGGCCCCAGAAAGGCUGCGGACAAGAUACAACGAUGGCUGGAAAAGAGGGCGCAGGCCAUCUGGACCAACCUUCUCACGAACCAUCUCUGGCAACGGAUAUUCAAGAAUACGUUGGCCACCACAAUCACAGUCAUCAUAGCCCUGAUCCCGGCCGUGGUCCAGGUCUACGGCCCUGCUGCAUAUCUGGCUCCCAUCACGACUGUCUUCGGACAUCCAGGCAGAAGAUUCGGCAUGAUGGCAGAGGCUCUUGUCCUCACCCUCGCCGGGACGCUGCUGGGAGUAGGCUGGUCAGUCCUGGGGAUAUACCUCUCGAGUCUCGUAUACGAGGACAAUGCACCGGCGGCAUAUACAAUCAAGGCUGUAUUCCUGACCGUGUCAUUACUGUUUCACGGAUUCUUGAGGUCGCAUACUCCGCGGCUGUUCAUCUUUGUCCUCUUGCUGGUCAUUGUCACGGUGGUUAGCUUGUCGGGAACGUAUACAGCCGUCUCUGCCGCAAGUGUCACGACGAUUCUGUACCCGGUUCUGACCGCAUUGGCCAUCCUCUUGCUCGUCAACGCCCUCGUAUUCCCGGAGUUCUCGAGCAGUUUCUUAGGUACCACGACCAUUGAGACCUUGGGAGCCACUGUGGGUGCUGUGAGAGAUGCAGGGAAGUACUUUAUCUCUAUCGCUGUAGAGCCUGAUGCAACGGACGUGAAAACAAGUGGAGGGGGAGGAGGGGAACAAAAUAUUGCGAAAAAUCCUGCCGAAGCAAGAAACGACACGUCCACGACAAUAGAAGCUUUUAAGCUCACUAAACUCAAAUCUCUAAUCGAUGCGAAGCCAAAGCUUCGAGCCAAGCUCGCAGGCUGCAAGGCAGCUCAGCAGGAGUGCAAUUUUGAGCUGGCUUGGGCCGUCCUACCUCCGAGAGACCUCAAGUUCAUCAGUGCCACGAGCAUGAACAACCUGGUGGCAAACGCCAUCGCCUUGAUUGCUGCCUGCGAGAGUAAGUUUGCUCUCAUGGGUGAUGCACAUGAACAAAGCGAUGGUGAGAACGAUACCGGGCAUGGAGUCGCGACUUUGGUCGAAUUAGCCGGAACUGAAAGCGAUGCUGUUUCAUCCCGGCCCGGUACUGCAGUAGAGAGCUCCCACGACGAGUCUGCUGACGAGAAGCGUGCUGCGCAGCGACGGGGAGAUCGAGAGAAGAGGCAGAAACCACAGAGAAGCAGGAACCGGUUUCAGAGGGAAAUUGCAGACUUGGAGAUGAUCAAGCCCCACAAAGAGAUUGAGUCGGGCGACGUGGAGCUGUUGAAGUACCUCGUGAGCAGAAUAUCCAAACCUCUCUCAGAACUUCAGACUGCCCUUGAUCAGACUGUUGACGUAGUCACGUCCUGUCUAGCCUACUGCUACGAUGUACCCAAGCUUCCGUCAGGUGCUCGAGCUCCCUCUGGUAUUAGGGUGGAGGAGAUUGACAUCCGUGUGGACAUAUUGACAGAAGCUAUGGCGGCCUUUGACAGAAAUUCUGCGUUGGCUUUAGAAGCUGCCGCUUCUCUUCAUGAUCUGGAACACCCACAAAUAGAUGUCAUGCCUCGGAUGGAGACUUUCCUGGUGUCAUCUUUCCUUCUCAAUUUUCGUCAAGCUGCUUCACAUAUUCUGGAGAUCCUUCGCCAUUCGAGGCAAUUAGUUGAGAAGCGACAAGCUAGGCAUGGUCGAUCGCGAAUCUACGCUCCUAGAAUCAACUGGCGCAAAUGGCUCGUGUCUGGCGGAGAGGAUGAGCCCUUGGCGUUGCCAGAAAUUGCAAGAAAAGAUGCGCGAACCGGGAGAAGCGACGGUGAUGUGCAAGAUGUUGAUGACGGCUUUGUUGCAAGCAUGGAAACUCAUGUGGGCAACCAGGAUAUCGAGUCCGCGCCUCCGAUUGACAGUGGCUUACAGUCACCACAUACACCUGUACAGUCCCCUCCCAAGGCCCAUCGGCAGGCCAGGAAAUCAACUACAAUAGAUCGGGUCCGGAGUGGCCUUGCGGACAUUCUUGAGUAUUUGGCAGCAAGCGAGGAUUUCAUGUAUGCCAUCAAGCUGACGGUCGCCGUUUUCUUGGUGACUUGGCCCGCCUUCGUCCACAAGUGGAACGCAUGGUACUCUCUCAACCGUGGGCUUUGGGCUGCUCUGCAGCUUGUGUUGAUUACAGAGGUUGCGAUCGGAACAUCGGUCCAGACUUUCAUGCUUCGCGCUGUGGGAACCACGGUCGGAUGUGUAUGGGGUUAUGUGGCUUUUCAGGCUCGCAACGGUAACAAAAUCGUAUGCGUGAUCCUUCUUGUGAUUGGCAUCAUUCCCUCAACGUACAUACAGCUUGGCAGUAAAUACGUGAAAGCCGGCAUGGUGUCGAUCAUCUCAAUGUGUGUUGUGGCUCUGGCAACCGAAGAUCACACCGUUCCCGGAACUGCAACAGAGAAUUUCUUGAAACGUUUGAUUGCUUUCUUGAUCGGUGGCGUCGUGGCAUUGAUGGUAGAAGUCCUACUCUUCCCUGUCAGAGCCCGAGACCGACUCGUGGAGUCUCUAGCCGCAUCCAUCUACCAGAUCAGCGAGAUGGAAGCUUGCCUUGCUCACGGUGUUGAAACAGGAACUAACAUCGACGUGCACUCUUCCCAAGUCAGAAUCCGGUUCAACAGGGCCAAAGCCAAAGCCCAGGGAGCGCUGAUGGCAGCUGGUACUUUCCUACCCUUCUGUGCCCAGGAGCCACGCCUCAAAGGCUCCUUCAAGGGCCUCGCUCUCAUCUACGCCGAGAUCCUCUUCUGCCUGCACACCAUUGUUGAUAGGAUGGAUAACACGAUCCAUCUCCGCCAAGAAUACGGCUCGGGUGUGUUGGAGGAUCUGAAUGAGAAGGUAUAUCCUUACCGGCGCAACGUCGCUGGCUCAAUCACCAUCGUCCUGUUCGCGGUCCACGAAGCGCUCACUACUAAGCUUCCAUUGCCGCAAUUCUUGCCUUCAGCUCGCCUCGCCCACCUCCGCAUGGUGAACCGGGUCCGCGAAGUCGUCCUUGCAGGCGACGUCCACCCACUGCACUCGGACCGCUCUGAGCUCGAGAUGACGAUGGUCAAGCGCAUCGUACAGCAGAAAUUCCUGAGCUGGAACGCAGCUAGUGCGGGGCAAAUCGAAGUCAUCGAGUACCUUGAAGAACUCGUUGACCUGGUCAAGCUUUUGGUUGGAGCCAACGAGUUCCGUAGUGGGCUGUUGACAAGACAUAAUUACAAAGGAUUUGUGGAUCGAAUGCACGCCAGCUCGAUGCGCGGAGCUGGCGAGGAGGCCGAAAGAGAGGAAAUGGAAAUGAGGGAUGUGAUGCUGGAGCCGUCUGAGGCGAGGAUCUCGGGGCUGGUCAAGAGACGGACUACGUUCUCCAAGAGCCGUGUGGAUAGAAGUCUUGGCCAUGCUGAGAAAGAGGCUGAGAUGGAGAGGGUCAGGAAUGAGGAAGAGUUACCGAGAUCGUUGCAGAGGGUCAGGAGCCGACGAAUCGAAGAGCUGAAUCUGUUGCGGACGAAGAGUCCAGAUGGGAUGGGGAUAUGA